AUGAGUCCCGGGUCCCGGAGCUGGUUGUGGGUCUGGACGUGCCUGCUGAGCCUGAGUGUUUUCGCCCGGGCUCUGCAGCUGGAGGAGCUGUUUGAGUUCGGAGAAGACGCCGGAGACCAGCAGCUGCAGCCCGGCUCGGACUCCACCGCCGAGCUGCCUCUGAACGCAUCCCUGUUCUUCUUCGGCCAAACCUUCGACAAAGUUUAUAUCAACACGAAUGGAUUUGUGGCCGUUGUCGCUCCUCCAGCUCAGGCCGAGUACCUGGGGAAGAGUCCCGCCAGCUUCAAAAUGAUCGCAGCCCUGCUGGGAGACCUGGACAACAGUGACGGACAGGGGAGGGUUCACUUCAGGCAGGACAGCAGCCCGGACGCACUGAGUCGAGCCACCAAGCACGUCAGGCAAGCUUUCCCGAGAGACGAGGGAGUGGAGCCCACCAACACCCUCAUCGUCACCUGGGAGAACAUGGCUGCUGUGGGGACCUCUGAAAGAGGAGACGGACUGGGCACGAAGAGAAACACGUUUCAGAUGGUUGUGGCCUUCAUGCAGUCGUCCUCCUGCGCUAUCCUCUUGUUCCCCCGAGACGGCCUGCAGUUUCUCUCCACAUCAGUAGGGGGCGAGACUAAGCUCCUAGAGUCUGGCUUCAAUGAAGGCCUUGUGAAGGGCUGGUGGUCGACGUACGCAGGGACGUACUUCCGCAUCACCACCGAUGAAGAGACCUCCAUCAGGGAUCUUACUGAAAAGACGACUUCAGGACAGAAAGGAGUUUGGGUGUAUGAGAUCGGCUCAUCUCCAUUCUUUGCUGCCAUUACACCAGGAAUGGUCUCUGACAUACCUGAGGAGGGGGAGGACGCCACUGAACCUCCUGUAAUCAUGUUGCCAAGGCAACCCGAUGAGCAGCAGGAGGUGACCUUCUCACCCUACGAACCUCAGACGGUACCAGAAGGAAAGGAGUUUACAACUGAGACUCCCACUGUGUACCAACCCAGUUACCCAGAAUCUGAGACCAUCACGCCAGGGUAUGGUGAACCAGAAACCGAAGAACCAGGCCAAGAGGAACCUGACCAGUUUAAGCCAGAAUAUCCUGAACCUGAUACUGUCACAGCAGCUUACGCCAACCCUGAGAGGGCUGAACCAAGGUACCCGGACCCCUCUGAGCCAAGAUAUCCUUACCAAACCGAGACUAGAUACCCUGUCUCUGAGCCUUUGCAACCAAGAUACACCAUCCCUGAAACCACAGAGCCUAGAUACUCUCCAAUUGAGCCGAGGUACCCUGACCGUGAUCCAGUCGAGCCGCGGUACACCAACCCUGAACCAGUCCAACCAGUGCCACCACAUUCUGGGCCCCACCAACCCCAGAUCGUCGUGGUAGACGAAGACGAAGGUCUUGAUGUUAAUGUAUUUGCAUACAAUUCGGAGACGUGUGCCCACAACAGGCACAAAUGCUCGGCUUUCGCUGACUGCCGGGAUUACAGCGAUGGGUACUGCUGUCAUUGUAGGCCUGGUUUCUAUGGUAACGGGAAGGACUGUGUCGCAGAAGGAAAACCGCAGAGAAUGAAUGGAAAGGUGUAUGGUCGAGUGUUUGUCGGGAACUCGCCUCUACCUGAGGAGCUUGGUAACAACGACUUGCACUCUUACGUAGUAGCCAAUGACGGACGAGCCUACGUGGCCAUCAGCAACAUCCGUAAAAGCCUGGGCCCCUCCCUGCAGCCACUGUCCUCCCUGGGAGGAAUCAUUGGCUGGGCCUUUGCCCUGGAGCAGCCUGGCUACCAGAAUGGUUUCAGUCUCAUUGGCGGCGUGUUUUCCCGGCAGGCCGAGGUGAUCUUCCAGCCCGGUAACGAGCGUCUGAGCAUCAAACAGCAGUUUAAAGGAAUCGAUGAACACGACCACCUGGUGGUCAGCACCGAGCUGGAGGGACGUCUGCCUGCCAUCCCGCUGGGAUCCUCCGUCCAGAUCAACCCAUACAAGGAAAUCUACCAGUAUGACAGAAACUUGAUCACUUCUUCCUCCAACCGCGACUACACCAUCACCUCCCCUGACGGCAGCGUCCAGACCAGAAGCUACCAGUGGCGUCAGACUGUCACCUUCCAGAGCUGCCCACACGACGAGGCCAUCAGGGCGGCGCCGGCCACCCAGCAGCUCAGCGUGGACCAGAUCUUUGUGAUGUUCGAUCCUGAGAACAAUCUGACUCGCUACGCCAUGAGCAACAAGAUCGGCUCUGUGCACAGCAGUCUUCCAGAGCAGAAUCCCUGUUUCACCGGCAGGCACGGCUGUGACAUCAACGCCAUGUGCAGGUCAGGUGAAGGCCUCCAGUUCACCUGUGAAUGCAGCAGUGGUUACACUGGAGACGGACGCUACUGCCACGAUAUUGACGAGUGCAGGGAGACUCUUCAGGUAUGUGGAUCCAACGCUGUCUGCAGUAAUCAGCCCGGAACUUUCCGCUGUGAGUGCUUGACUGGCUUCGUGUUCGCCAGCGACGGAAAGACCUGCAUCGAGGAGAACCGUCCAGUGGAUCACUGUCAGAGAGGAAGUCAUGACUGUGAUGUUCGAGCUUUGUGCAGCUACAUGGGAGGUUCAGCCUACGUCUGCUCCUGCCUGCCGGGGUUUGUGGGUGACGGCCGGGUGUGUCAGGACGUGGACGAGUGUCAGCAGGAUCGAUGCCAUCGCGACGCCUCCUGCUCAAACACACAGGGCUCAUACACCUGCCAGUGCCAUCCUGGUUUCCAGGGCGACGGCUUCCUGUGCAGCCCCAUAUCCUCAGAGCGAGAGAAGACCCAGUGUGAGCGUCACAGAGAGAGUGCCCAGGCUUCCACCUCCAGCUCCGGGAUCUUCUCUUUCUUCCGUCCUCGACCGGCUGUCGGUCAGUAUGUCCCGGAGUGUGACGAACAUGGAGCCUACAAGUCCACGCAGUGCCACACCAGCAUCGGACAGUGCUGGUGUGUGGACGCCAACGGCCAAGAGAUCCCCAACACCCGCACCGGACCCGGCAGCACCCCUCUGUGUAUUGACCAGUCAGUGACUCCUCCCCCGGUGGGUCCGACACCGCGGCCUGACGUUCACCCCGUCGCUCCAGGAACACACUUGCUGUUCGCUCAGAGUGGGAAGAUUGAACACAUCCCUCUGGACGGAUACAAAAUGAAAAAGGAGGAGGCCAAACCUCUGCUGCACAUCCCUGACCGGGUGGUGAUCGGUGUGGCUUAUGACUGUGUGGAGAAGAUGGUUUACUGGACUGACAUCACCGGGCCGGGUAUCAGCAGGGCCAGUCUGAUUGGAGGAGACAUCAGCCCAGUCAUCACUUCAGAUCUCCAGAGUCCUGAAGGCAUCGCCAUCGACCAUGUGGCUCGUCUCCUCUUUUGGACCGACUCUAUGCGCGACACCGUGGAGGUUUCCAAACUGGACGGCAGCCAGCGCCGAGUCCUGUUCGACACAGAUCUGAUCAACCCCCGACCCAUCGUCACUAACCCGGCGUAUGGGCGGCUCUACUGGGCAGACUGGAACAGAGAUGGGCCUAAAAUUGAGAUGUCCAACAUGGAUGGGACGGAUCGGACCGUCCUGGUGAAAGACGACCUGGGACUUCCAAACGGUCUCACCUUUGACCCUGACAACCAACAGCUGUGCUGGGCUGACGCAGGUACUCGUAAGGUGGAGUGUAUGGAUCCUCACCGCAGGCUGAGGAGGCAGAUCGUUCAAGGGAUCCAGUAUCCAUUCGCUCUCAUCUCCUUUGGAAGGAACCUUUACUACACUGACUGGAGGAGGGAGGCAGUGGUUGCUGUGGACCGUCAAUCAGAGAAAGAGACAGAAGAGUUUCUGCCCCAGAAACGCUCUCGGCUGUACGGCAUCACCACGACACCAACGCGGUGUCCACAAGCCUAUAACUACUGCGCCAACAACGGCGGCUGUUCUCACCUGUGUCUGCCGCGGCUCGGCGGGUUUACCUGCCGCUGCCCGGACGCCGGCGCCGGCCGAUGUGAGGAGAGGAAUCAGUGAGGUCUGCAGAGCGACGAUAACGCUGCUGCUGCUGCUGCUGGGAGAGAAAAAAACAAAACACACUUAACUGAAUUUUGGUGUUUUCUACUUUUCUUACUUGAAUUGAACAUUUCUACGAUCAUUUUAGAGUUUUAUGUGUUUUUGGCCUUUGAAAGCUGUUCAGACCUCACUGUAUUUAUGAUGUCACACUUCAGGUCCACCAGUGAGAUCAUUAACUUUCUUCCUCCAACUGUUGAAUUCUGAUGUGUUUGUAAUUUGACUCCUGGCUGAAGAGUUUCAUUCCAAAAUGAGAAAACAGUGACUCUAACUCUAACAUACAGGGAUUUUAUAAAGACGGCAGGUAAACUAAAAACACUUUGACCAGAUGAUAGUUAUUUGAAAAGGUACUGAACAUUGAACCUGUGUUUUUAUUUUAUUUUUAAAGUGAAACUUUAUAGUUGUUCCUUAUUGAUAUCUUAUAGAUGUGGUCUGAAAGAUAACUGCGCAAAACAAUCAAAUUUAAUUCUAGCAAUCUUCUGAAGUUCUCAAAGACUGGAGGAAAGGGUUCCCAAGGUGCCUUGAAAACCCUUGAAAGUGUUUGACAUUUUAAAAAAACCUUAAAGGUUUCUUAAAGUGGUAGAGACAAACAUAAAUUCAUCAAUAUGUUGCAGUUUAACAUGAUUUCUUGGCUUGACAAGAUGUUUAACUUUUUAACCAUCUUGGAAGGCCAUCGUCAGAAAGCAGACUGCAGCUCAUACUUCAUCAAGGCUGAAUCAUAGCGACAGACAAUCACACUGAUCCACAGACAGCAACAACAGAGAAACCCUGAGCAUCAGACUCAGGACCACUCAGUUUUCUUGUUGCUGUAAUGAAAUGCAUCAAAUCAUAUCAUCACACUUCAUUUAACAGCUGCUCAGUGUGUUCAAGAAACAAAUGCAUCAUUUUUGAGCUCAUCCAAAUGUUUUUGUACCACACUUUAGUGAAGACUGGAUGAAAUUUGAUGGAGCAAAUUGAAAAUGGUGGAAAAUCUGUUAGUAGUCUGUAUUUAAAGGCUGAUCUUGAGUAAAGAGCUUUGGUACUGACCAUUUGGUGAGACUGUUCACCAGAUUUUAUUAAAUAUUUAGUUAAUAUCCUCCUAACAGAUAAUCAAUAGCACUGGAAACUCCUGGAUUGAGAGAAUGAGACCAGUGCAGAUUAAAAAAAACAUCAUCAUUCAUGAGUGUGAUCAAUCAUCACGUCAUGUGUAUCUUCACGAGUCUGUACAGAUCUGACAGGAUGAUGAAACCUGAUAGAUGUUGACCUGCACUCCAUCAGAACUUAUUAGUUUCAACAUAUUAAUACAGAAAUCCAGUUUUUAAACCAACAGAGGCAUUUUCGUCCUGUUCAGUCUGUAAUGAGGUGAAUAACAGUCAAACUGGAGAUAUUAAUGAAGCUAAAUAAGGACUGGAAAAAAAGUACAAUCUGGCUAAAUUACAUUUUUUAAAGGAUGUGUAAUAAAUGUUUUUCAUUGGUAAAAUAAAACUACCAAUCUGAAAUUAUUCUUUACUCUAACAGUCCUAUAUGAGAAAAUGACAUUUACAAUGAUGUAUAUACUUUUGGACUUGGACCACUAACAGCACCACUAUGAGCCUGUGACUGAUCCUGAGUGAUGGAAGAGUUCAAUGAGGGCUAACAAAAACUUUUUAAGACUUACAAGAUUUAUUCUGAUGUUUGUGCUAAGACUCACAGUGUAUUUUUUAUAUGACCUUGUAAAUAAUUAGCUGAUACGCAGACGAUAUUCUCUUUUCUAAUGGUGCCUGAGAUCUGCCUGAUGAUAGUGAUUACUGCAAAGGUGUGUGCAGGUUCAUGUUGGGCUGUCAAAACUGUUGUGAUACUGACUGUCGUAGUGCUCAAAUACAGAAGUCUAUAAGUGGCAAUAUAAAAAUGAAAUAAUUUAAACCAGUUAAAACUGUUUCUGGUAAACAUGCUCUGCCAUUAUGAUCAUGAAAAAGGUACAACUAAAAUACAAAUUCAAGACGGCUGGUUAAUUAUGAAGUUAAGGAUGCUUGUCAUAGUCCACUAAAGUCGUUUCAUUUUGGCAGCAAUGGUGCAUUUUCACACAUGAAAAUUUGAAUGUCAACAUGUCACAGACCAUUUGUACACAUACAGACUGAAAAAUUUAUCAAUGUUAAAAUCGUCCAUGAUGGUCGGUCUCUUAUGACGGGGUUAAAGAGCUGUUUAUGGAUAAUUUAGUCUUUCUAGAAACUAUCCUGAGUGAACCAGACUGUUCCAGUCGAUCUAAAUUUUACUUUCAAAUUGAGAUUUUAUCUCAAUUAUCUCUCAUCGGUCUGUACAGAGAUGACGUUACAGAAAUUUUUAGUUUCAACUUAGACUUUAAGAUGUUACUGGUUACAGUCGUCAACAUUUUCGAGUGUGUUUUUGUUGUGUAUGUGCCACUUUAGGGGCUCUGUGACUUACUUACUGCAAUAUUUUUCCUUUUCAUCAAACACCUUGUGAAACAGGUGAAAAGUUAAACUUGACUCAUCAUGUGUUACAGCAGCAGGAGAAAAGUCCAGACUGGAAUCACAACUGUUAAAGUCUUAAUUGUAAAAACUGAUUACAUGACAGGUACAUCUUUUGAGUUGCAGGUGACAUAACGAGCGACGACACUGAUCUGUCCAACAGGGCUGCACAACAGCAACACAUCAAUGACUGUGGCAAGAGGUUCAUUAUGAAUCAUUUCUUUAAGUUUACAGUUGGAGGCAUGUCAGACAAAAAGCCCUUUCAUUCUAAAUGUUUCCUUUUUAUUUUACUAUUAGCAAGAGCUAAAAACAGAGCUGACAGAAAGCCGUGUCCAUGACGACUGCAGUGACAGUAAUUAGAAAACAAUGUGAUUUGUUGGUGGUGUGCAGCCCUGCUGACUGAUAUUUUGUGCAUCAUGUCAGGUCUGUGAACAUGAAGCAUGU